UGGGUGGAGGCCACAAACUCAUCUGAGCGGCCAGCAGGGGGUCAGCCUACAGGUGAGUCUGAGAGAGAGAGAGAGAGAGAGAGAGAGAAGAGAGAGAGAGAGAGAGAGGCAGUGACUAUGGCACUGAAAUGAGUGUUUUUACUGAACCUGAGAAGAAAAAAGCGAAGAAACAGGACCUGAUGCGGAGCUCGAGCGCCUCCUCUGCGCUACAUUAUUCCUGAUCGCCGCUCAGUGCGCGAGGACUGAGUUAGUGUAAAAUGGCUUCAUUCGCUGCUUUGUGUUUGUGUUGGUGUUUGUCUUUGUUGCUGAUCGCUGGAGCUAAAACACCAGAACAGAGCCACUCGGAUCAGUUCCAAAAAGAUCGCGAGGACUUCAUUCUAAUCACUGAAGACUCUGUAAAGGAAGGAGCCACUUACAUCUCCAACCCCGCCGUUCAGACUGCCCGGGAGUGCGAGCGCGCGUGCGGCGGAAACGCGCGCUGUAAUCUGGCGCUGGUGGAGGGCGAUGAGAACUCGAUCACGAGUUGCUUUCUGUUCGACUGUGUUUACAGGAAUAAGUUCGUCUGUCGCUUCGUCAAGAAGCCCGGAUUCACCCCUUACAUCAGGCACUCUGUUUAUGGACGCUACCUGGGAGGACCGGCUCGAGCUUCAGAUGAGGAAGACAGACCUCCUAUAGCCAAUGCAGGGCCAGAUUUGGUGGUCCAGUCUGGUGAGCGAGUGACCCUGAAUGGCAUCGAGAGCUGGGAUGACAAAAAGAUAAUCAGCUACGAGUGGAAACUUCUGAGAGGAAACCACUUUGUAAAGAGUGAGACAACAGAUCUCCCUGACCAGAUGAUAUUGUCCAACCUGCAGCCUGGAGUUUAUGAGUACAAGCUUACGGUCACUGAUUCAGCCGGUCAGUCGGACUCCACAUCGAUUACUGUCCUGGUUCUGACAGCGGAGCAGGCCGAGCGUCACUGUUUGACUCCAAAGAAGGUGGGUCCCUGUCGAGGGUCAUUUCCUCGCUGGCAUUACAAUGCUGCAUCUAACAGGUGUGAGGAAUUCCAAUUUGGAGGCUGUUUGGCAACCAACAACAACUACCUCUCUUACCAGGAGUGCUCUGACGCCUGUAAUGGCACAACAGUGACUGCUGAAAGGAGGAAACUCAAGUUGCUCACUGAAGUGUGCGGGGGUCAGUGUGCAGAUGGUCAGUUCAACUGCUCCAACAGCUGCUGUUUGGAGGCAGAGUUAGAGUGUGAUGGACAGGCCCAGUGCAACAACUUGGAUGAGGAGAACUGUCAGCGCUUAAACAAAACUCUUUCUCAUUUACUGGAGAUUCAUGUGAAUGACAAGAAAGCGCGCUGUGUGGACCCCCCGGCGACAGGACCCUGCAGAGCCAGCAUGCCGCGCUGGUAUUACGACCCUCUGAACAGAAACUGCCAUCAGUUCACUUACGGAGGCUGCGGUGGAAACAAGAACAACUUUGAGAUGAAGACGAUCUGCAUGGAGGCCUGCGAAGAAAUCACAGAGAAUGACGUCUUUUUCAAGGGUCUGUUUGAACGCUCUGAACAGGAUGAACAUCAUUCAGGCUCCGUGGCGACAGCGGUAAUCCUGGCAGUAGUCAUUCUUGCUCUUUUAGCUCUGCUGGGUUUCUGUUUUCUGAAGAAGAGGAAGAGCAGCUCUCAGCGCCAGCCCGUUCCCACAGCCAGCCCAGUGGUCACUUUCACAGAGGACACAGAACACCUUGUCUACAAACCCACCACCACCUCCUAACACCUCUUCAAACCCACUACCACCUCCUAACACCUCUUCAAACCCACUACCACCUCCUAACGCCUCUACAAACCCACCACUGCCUUCUAACACCUCUGUAAACCAACCACCACCUCCUAACACCUCUACGAACCCGCCACACAGGAUUAAUCACAGUAUGAUAUUAUUGUUAAAGUGAAACACUCUUGUUUAUUUGUAUUUAUGGGAUUUUCUGUACUGCUUUCAUCAGUACUUUUUGCAACUUUUUAUUUUUCUGUUUUCCAGUUUCUCAGGGUUUAUUAUCAGUGGCUUUCAUCCUGUUCAGUUAUGACUGUCAUUUUAAAGAUUUUUAUUCUUUUCUUUCAUGUUUUAUUUUUCUUUGUUGUUUUUUGUUGUUAUGAAUGGAAUUGCUGGUUUUAUUGAUGUUUACGUAGUAAAACUUUACACUGUUAAAUUGCCGUUCAUUUAACAGUUUAAUAAAAUAUUCUGAAUGUCAUAUAUCAAGAAAAUAUUAAUCUGUAUAGAAUUAUUAAGGUGGAAAUUAUUUUAUUACUGUUGAGAGAGUCUGAAUGAUGCUGGAGAUAAAUCUACAAAUCCUGCACAUCCAACAACAUAAACACCAUCUUAAAUAUAGGAGACUAACAUCAUGAAGUUGCGUCUCUACCACCAGAUGGCGCUGUAUUACCACAGGGUGACGUGGGUAAAUAUUGGGGUAAAUAAUAUUGUUUAAUGUUUGGUCUCAUUAUCAUGUCUUGCACGAUAUGUUGACCAAAUGUAAACCAAAAGAACAACCGGUAACAAAAUUACAAAAAGUAAAGCCAAAAAUAGUGACUAAAGCUGUGUUUUAAAGACAAGGUAGAAUUUGACUUCUUACCUGACUUUUCCAUUCCAGCAUAAAUUGUGCAGCUGUUACAUUCUCAUGCCUGUGGUGCCACACUGUAACUGCUGCACCAUUUAAGGUGGAACAGAAAGUUUGAGUAAGCAGUUGGCAAAUAAUAACUGGUUACAUUUACUCAGUUAAUUAUACUCAUGAGCUAUGUAUUAUUAUAUGAAUACACACAUCUUCUAAGCCGCUUAUCUUUCUGGGGCUGCUGGAGCCUAUCCCAGCAGUCAUUGGGCAGAAGGCAGGAUACACCCUGGACAGGUCACCAGUCCAUCAUUGGGCAGACAAACAGACAUAUACAUUCACACACACACUCGCACCUAGGGGCAAUUUAGCAUAUCCAGUUGCCCCGACUGCAUGUCUUUAGACUGUGGGCGGAAACCAGAGACAGGAAACACCGACAUGGGGAGAACAUACAAACUCCACACAAAAAGCACCCUGGCUGCCUGGCCAGGAAUCAAACCCAGGCCCUUCUUGCCUCCUGUGAGGCAGCCUCCGCUACCCACUGUGCCACCCUAAUUAUAUGAAUAAUUAUUUAAUAUUAAUAUAAUCACGUAGUGUUGUUAUGACUUUGUGCUUCUUUUGAAAUUUUAUUUUAAAAUUGAUCUGAUUUUUGUUACAUUUUAAUCUUUCUUAUUUAGUUGCUAAUUCCUUUUUGUGAGGUUUUGUUGUUGGUUCAGCAGCUGUUCCUGCUUUAUGAUUCUGUCUCUUUGGAGCUUUAAGUUUAUAUUUUAGACCAAAAGGGUCCAAAAAGAGAAGAAAACCCCUAACAUAAACCCUGAAUGUAAAAGAUAUUCUGCUGCAGUUGUCAGUUACUCAGUUCUUAGGUAGGAUUUCAUCUGCUUUGUUUUUCUGAUUGUCUGAUUUUAUUUGGCUUUUUUAUUUACUUUUUAUUUGUUUCCCUUACAUCUUGUAGCAAGUCUGCCAUUUUCUCUUUAGGAAAAUGUUCUUUGUUUAAGCCACAGAGAGGGAUCUACACACACUCAGGAAAUGAGGGAAGGUCACCAACCGAAAAUCACAAAAAGGUCAACGCUUCAGACACGUUAAUUAAUCUGAAAAGUACACGAUUAAACACAACCAACACGUUCACUCUUCUUUAUGAGCAGCAACAAUUAACACAAUAAACUGAACUAAAUACAGCCUUUGGAGAGGCGCACUGCAUUCUGAGAGUCAUCUAUUUGCUCCUGUCUGCUCUCCUAAUUGGCCAAAAAAGUCCUAAAAGUCCAGCAUUUCCUUCCUGAGGUUAAGCACAGCUCUGUCCACCAUGAAGGAAAUCCAACAUGAGCACGCAUGCAUCCUGUAGGCAUGAGCUAGAUCUUGUCCCCUUGUCUUAGCUGCUCCCUCUCACUCUGAUUUGGCUGGCGGUGAUGUACCUGAAUUGGAUGGUUGUUGCUUCCAAGUUGUCAGGUGUGCCACUCUUAGGGUGUGGGAGCACAUGUGGAAGUAGUAGUGAUACUAAUUAGUCAGUGUCAGUGAGGGCAGUGAGCCGGCUGUGGCAUCAAUGCCGAGGGUCAUUCUCUCCGUCGGCUUUGGUUCACAGCAUUGCCUGGUGCAGUGUCCCAUCUUCCUGCACUGCCAGCACACCAGUCGCUCCACCAUCGCUUGUUUGGGUGCUGCUCUGUAGGUCAUCUGCUUCACGAUACACGUUUAAACACAAGCAACAUUAAACUCAACUAAAUACAGGCUGUGGAGAGGUGCAUGGCAUUCUGGGAGUCCUCUACAUACUCCUCUCCACUCUCCCAUUUGGCCCAAACCUUAAGCAUAGUGACAGCGCCACAUUAUUUUAGUGCUGUUUUAUCUCUUUUUCUUAUUUGAGCUUUUACUUAUUUUUUUUUUAUAAAUUGUCUUGUUCAUUUAGCCUUGUAAGUCUUCAUUUGUUUUAAACCAGUUUGUAACCCUUGUUGCACUUCCGAUUCAAAAUAAAGGUUGGUUCUUUGAUUUUUU